AUGGAGAGAUUAAAAACUUCUCCACACUUGAAUGCAGCUAUAGCUAUUGCUUUUUUGCUUCUAUUUAUUCCAGUGCACGGCCAAACCAAUACGUCAUGCACGGGUUUGAUGCUUCGUAGCUUCGCCCCUUGUACGAACUUCAUUACUGGUGGAUCUGGAGGUUCACCAACUGCAGAUUGUUGUCAGUCACUCAAGUCCCUCAUGAGUAGUGGCAGAGAUUGUCUCUGCCUUAUGUUCACUGGGGGAGUUCCUCUUCAUGUACCAAUUAAUCAAACUCUCGCAGCUUCUCUUCCGCGUGCUUGUAAUUCAGAUGGUGUGCCCAUUGAAUGCAAAGGCUUGCCUGGUGCACCUAUUCCAGCUCCAGCUUCCUGGCUGCCAGAACCUAAUACACCGACUCUUACUCCACCAGGAGCGGGAGGUGAUGGAACAAUAACUCCUCCCGGAGAUACACCAGGAGCGGGAGGUGAUGGAACACUAACGCCUCCAGGAUCGACACCUGAGGGUGGUGGAUAUCCAGCUAUGACACCGCCAGGAGUCCGACCUGAUUUGUCAACAGCCCAGCCUUCUCAAAGAGUUCCACACCUUCUUCUGCUAGCAUUAGUUGGAGCUAUUGCUUUCGGAUGUUCCUGA